AUGCUGGUUCUAACCAUCUGUGCGUACCGGAAGGCCGGUAUGGGCGAGGAUGAGUUCCAUCGGUACAUGAGUGAGGUGCACGCGCCUCUGGUGAGGGACCUGCUGGCUAAGCAUGGCAUCACUCGCUAUUCAAUGGCCCACAACACAACACGCACUCGCUCGUUGGUAUCGCAGAUCCAGGACGCCCAGUUUCCGUACAACAAUGCCUACGACAUAGUCACGCAGAUUCGGUUUCCGUCGAUUGACAACUAUGUGAGCUUCCGCAACGACCCCUUCUACACGGAGAAAAUCAUGCCAGACCAUGAUCGCUUUACGGAACCGGAAAAGGUCUUGUAA